UGUCCAGUGUCGGUGUUGACAUUGGCUGUAAUACAUAUACAUAGUAGGUACUAGGUAGACCCUUGGGGAAACUUUAUUUCGCUCACCCUUUUCUCAACCUUUUCUUUUCUUUUCUUUUGACUUGGAGAAUAUCUCGUCCUUUUCAUUUGCAAAUUUGUUAGAUGCGAGGUUAACUGCAGCACGCAAGGACCCCUUCAUUUAUUGCGUGACGUCACUCCUUAUUUCAUCUUGGAGAUAUCAAAGUCCCUCAUAUAAGACAACCUCAACAACAGAAUCAAUACAUCUACCCACAUCUAUACAAAUAGAAUUUUUUUUAUAAAAAAAAAAAAGAAAAAAAAAAAGAAAACAAGACAAUUUCAAACGAUAGAUAAUAGAAAUUAUGGCUCAAUCGAACGGCACCAAUGGCACGCUCCCGGCGCUGCGUACUAACCCCAAGGCCAUCUUCUUCACCGACUUCGACGGCACCAUCACGCUGCAGGACAGCAACGACUUCAUAACAGAUAACCUAGGAUUCGGCGUGGAGCUGCGCAAGAAGGGUAACCACGACGUUCUGUUUGGCAAGCGCACAUUCCGCGACAGCUUCCAGGAAAUGAUGGACAGCAUCAAGACUCCUUAUGACCAGUGCAUUGCCACCCUGCUCAAGAAUGUACAACUUGACCCUCACUUCGCCGAGUUCUUCGCCUGGACUCGCGCGAACAACGUUCCUGUUGUCGUUCUGAGCGGUGGUAUGCAACCCGUUAUCCGUGCUCUGCUUGCCCACCUCGUUGGCGAGGAGGCCGUUCAGCAUAUGCAGAUUGUCAGCAACGAUGUUGAAGCUAGGCCUGGUAAGAGCAUUAACGACGAAGAUGGCUGGAACAUCAAGUACCACGACGAUAGUGACUUUGGACAUGACAAGUCCCUUGAGAUUAGACCGUACUCUGCUUUGCCAGAGCGACCUAUCCUGUUCUAUGCCGGAGAUGGCGUGUCCGACUUAUCGGCUGCUAAGGAGACAGAUUUACUGUUUGCCAAGGCCGGACGAGACCUUGUAACAUACUGUGAGAACGAGAAGGUGCCCUUUGUCACUUUCAACGACUUCUCUGACAUCCACAAGAUCGUUGCGGAUGUGGUCGAGGGCAAGAUCACCGUCAAGGAGGCGGCGAAGGGAAGACUAUAAAUCUUCAUCUUUUUUUUUCUUGUAGACUUCAGUGUGUUGUUCGUUUUGUCACUAUAAACGUUAAAAUAUCAUGACAUAGGCAUUUUUAGUGCGCAGGUAGAUAUUAUUUUUAGACGAACAGAUAGAUGGGUACUAGGUACCUACCUAAGACAGGAUAUAAUGCCAUUCGAUGCUGAGCGUUGGCUGGUGUUCCUAUAGAAAAGAAAAUCACAACCUCAACUACUCUCCUUAACGGGUACUGAAUCUAUGAAUCAGCUUGUAAUUCCUUUUGGUAGUGUAACAGCUUGAUAGCUACCUACCUAUCUUCCAAACCUUAAC